AUGUCCACCACCGAGACAAUCACCAGAUCAAUCCACCAACCUCAUGCAUACGCGCCGGAGACGUUUGAGUUGAGCCUCAAAACCCCCGGUAGGUCUCUCAGAGAACUCUCCAAACGGGUCGUGGGCAGCUCCACGCGACCGCAUCGCUCUACCUACCCAUCCAUCUCUUCAGACGAGGAAGACAACCGAGAUCGCAUUCGAGAUGAGGAUAAUCAACCCCCCGAGUCUGCCCAUUCGAUCACGCAAAGAUGGAACAAGCCGAGAGGUAACAUCGGGCGACUGGGAUUCGCAAGUUUUUCAUUUAUCAUUGCCGGUCUGAACGAUGCCGCUGUUGGCGCUUUGAUACCAUAUUUAGAAACCUACUACGACCUCAACUACACCAUCAUCUCUUUGAUCUUCUUGACCCCGUUCGCCGGCUACUCUCUGGCCGCCUUCACCAAUGCCUCCAUCCACGCGCGACUGGGCCAGCGCGGGAUCGCCGUCAUGGCCCCGAUCUGCCACAUGAUCACCUUCGCCGUCUUGUCUGCCCAUCCGCCCUUCCCCGUCUUGGUCGUCGUGAACACCAUCUGCGGCUUCGGGAAUGGCCUCACGGACGCCUGUUUCUGCGCCUGGGUCGGCGCCAUGGACAACGCCAAUGCCGUCCAGGGCGUCAUGCACGCGUGCUACUCGAUCGGCGCGCUGUUUGCGCCUCUGAUCGCGACGUCGAUGGUUGUCAAUUCCGGAUUGCCGUGGUGGGAUUUCUAUUAUUUCAUGGUCGGGGCCGCGUUUCUGGAAUGGAUCGGGCUCAGCUGGACAUUCCGGCGCAAAACUGGCGAACUCUACCGCCUCGAACACGCACGGGACAACGAUUCCACAACGAGUGGACGGACGAGAGAAGCGCUCAAGUCCAAAAUCACCUGGCUUUGUGCGGCCUUCUUUUUCAUGUAUAUGGGCAUUGAAGUCGGUCUGGGCGGCUGGAUUGUGACAUUCAUGCUCCGCGUCCGUGGCGCCUCGCCCUCCGCCUCGGGCUACUCCGGCACGGGGUUCUGGGCCGGCCAAGCCGUCGGCCGGGCCUCGCUCGGCUUCGUGACCGAACGCUUCGGCGAACGCAUCUGCAUCACCGUCUACCUUGCCCUCUGCCUGGCCUUGCAGCUCAUCUUCUGGCUCGUGCCGCAAUACCUAGUGUCCGCCGUGGCCGUCGCGCUCCUGGGCUUCUUUCUCGGCCCCUUGUUCCCCGGCUGUGUCAUGGUCACGGCGAAACUGCUGCCCAAGCAUAUCCACGUCAGUGCCAUUGGCUUUGGCAUGGCCUUGGGCGGCACGGGCGGCACGGUCUUUCCCUUCAUCAUCGGCGCGGUUGCGGCCAGUAAGGGAGUCAAGGUCUUGCAGCCCAUUAUCUUGUCGUUAAUCGUCGUCGUGGCCGUCAUAUGGGUCAUGUUUCCCAGGGUCAAGAAGAGGGAAUAA